AGGGGCGUAAAAGCGAUGGAGGGGGACGGCGGAGGCGGCGGGUUGAGGGAGGAGGCGGGGGAGCCGCGGGAUGCGCGGGUAGUGAAGGAGCUCCUCCGGUCGAUGGGGCUGGGGGAAGGGGAGUACGAGCCACGGGUGGUGCACCAGUUCCUGGAGCUCGCCUACCGCUACGUGGUUGACGUUCUCUCCGACGCUCAGGUGUACGCCGAGCACGCCUCCAAGACUGCCAUCGACCCCGACGAUGUUCGCCUCGCCAUCCAGUCCAAGGUCAACUUCUCCUUCUCCCAGCCCCCGCCCCGCGAGGUGUUACUUGAGCUGGCGAGGAGGAGAAACAAGAUCCCGUUGCCCAAGACAAUCGCACCGCCAGGGAGCAUACCCUUGCCACCGGAGCAGGACACUCUCAUCAGCCCCAAUUACCAGCUACUGAUACCGAGGAAGCAGCCUCCUCAGGUUGAAGAAACAGAGGAAGAUGUCAACGGUUCUAAUGUAAACCCUACCUUAGUUGCCAAUUCGUCACAAGAGCAGCAAACCCUACAGAGAGUGUCCUUCCCUCUGUCUUCAGCAGCAAAACGACCAAGGUGAUGACGACUUGACAGUUCCAAACCUUCAGGCACUGAAGCUGUGAUGAAAUCUGUAUCUCAAUUAGACAGGUCUAAAAACCUACGAUUGUUCUGUGUAACUUGUCAUGUUGGACCAUAUGAACUUGUUAUUAUCAAUUCAAACUAGUACGAGGAAGAAGACAGAUUCUUGUGGUCUCA